AUGAGGGGCGGUGUGGGUUUUCCAUCUAACUCGACACCGUCUCAAGGAUUGACGAGGAUGUUGUGGCAAAAGCAGAUGAAUCUCAAACUGCGUCAUACCAGAGAAGUCAGCGAACGCAAGCAAGUUGGUGACGCGGAGAGCAUGAUCAACGAGGGUAGAGGCGCCUCUGGACACCAUGGAUUCUUCAAGGGCGACGGCGGCGAAGUGUAA